CUCGCUUCUGGGCUGCCUGACAUCUGCGGCAUGCCCGCCCCACCGGGGCCAACUGCCAUGGCCAUGGCAAGUGAAGCAGAAGGCAACGCAGGCAACGUCAAGGAUCGUCCUGAUGUACUCAGCGGCAGCACCACGGACGACGAGAACUUGGACUCGGAGGACGCGGCGUCGGCCGCGGAGGAUGCCGAGGGGUCGGUGUCCGACGCGGAGGGGCAGGAACAGGGUGCCGCCUCGCAGUCCGAAUCUGACCAGCAGUGCAGCUACCGCAGCCCCAGCCGCAGCGCAGCCUUGCGCAGUCGCUCGCGGAGGCCGCUUCGACGGAGGCAGCUGUGUUGGUUUGGCCGCAGCUGUAAGAGGAGAGACUGCCAUUUCCUCCAUCCGGAAGGGAAAGAAUCUCAAGCUCCCCAGACCCCGCGCCGUCGCCGCUUCGAAAAGCCGGGCCAUCGGCGCCGCAGCUGGCGGCGCAACGCCAAGGGCGAGCCCUGGCAGCACGACCAGCGCGGGCGCGAGGGGUCGGAAGCGGCCACGCCGCCAAAGCAUCGCAAGAGGAGUGAGGUUGCCAUCUCAGAUGACACCAAGCCGCCCACCGAGCCGCUGAAUUUCCGGGACUUUGUAGUGCAGAUGCCCGAGGGAACGCCGCCGGAUGUGGCUCUGGAGGCUUUCCAGAAGUACUUACGCGAGGCGUCCCAGAAGGACUUGGAGAAGGUGAAGGACACGGGAUUCUUCUUUGACAGGUAUGACCCCGUGGCACGUUUGCGAGCCUAUGACUUGCGGCUGCAUGAAGCGCGUUUGAACGCUUCCGUCUUCGUGACGGAUCUCUGCGAGGGCAGGUUUGACGGGUUGAAUCUCAGCACCACCGAGCGACCCAACAUGGAAGGCCGAUGUUCCGUCAGUGGCCAUUUGCAAGCGCCAGAGUUUGCCUUCGACCCUGACAUGGGCGCGCUGCUGAUCGAGGAUCUGCCAAAGCACCUGAGCGCUUGGGAGGUCUACGAAAGCCUGCAGGACUGCGGCGGCUUUUGCACCGCCUCCUGGAGCUCCACGUUGGCUCCGCGCAGCUUCCACGCGCGCUUCCGCAGCUCGCGGGAGGCGCGGCAGGCCAUGGAAGCGCUAGGGAAACUGCAACUGCUGAGGGAGGAUGGCAGCUGUGCGGUGGCACAGCUGUGCGGUCUGACUCCGCUGAGUGCCUUCGUCUUGCCCCCUGAGAUGUCUCUCCCGGAACGACUGCAACGGGACUUGGAGCUUUCGGCGGAGGUGCUACGACGUUUGGAUGCCUUGUUGGAGGUUUGCCACGAGGCCACCGAGUACAUCCUGCAGUAUCCCGGCUCCACGGAGUUGAAGUUGGACCUGCAGGUGCUGUACCUGCGCCGCGUCCACCAUUUCUGCUUCUAUGCGGCAAGCUGGUGCCAGGACGAAUGGGCCUUACGAGACCGCUGCGGCGCAGUGGCCCUUCGGGGGAAACGGCCCUCAAUUCUGGAGAGGAGCGACUCUUGGUAUCGAUUUGGGUACUUUUAG